UACGUAAUAUACAUGAUAUACGAGAUAUCUACAACUAUGUAGGUGAUAUACAUGAUUUAUGCUUCUUUAGAUCUCUGUCACAAUGACGAUAAAUGAUAAACGAGUGUCGUACAUAAGGUACGAUUAAAAACGAUUUCAACAGCCAUGACGAUAAAUGAUAAACUUCAGUACUACACAAGACAGGUUUAAACAGCUUUUUCACUCUCGUUAAUUCUACAACCAUGCUAGUAAAUGAUAAGCGAGUGUAGCUUAUAAUGCAUAGUUAAGCUCGUUUUCCUUAGGUGCUGUGGAAAACAACAAAACAACACUGGUAAGAAAAGUGGGCCUGUUUUUUGCAAAGCAAAGACGUUCUGUGUUGUUCUGAAGUUUUGUUUAGUACGAGAAUAUUUGUUCUAAUCAAAAUUCUUCCAUUAAUUUUACUUUUCCGAAGCUAUACAGUUUUUUUUUAACUUAUUCCGAUUCUGGGGACCUGAAAUGCUGUUUGUUCGUUUGUUAUUUAUUUAUUUUUUACUAUCCGAACAACUGAAUUCGUAUAGGCAAGAACUUUCAGCGGCCUUGUUUGUUUGAUGACAUGAAAUAUCAAUCCUUCCGAGGCUGGGACCAAAUAUUCCCUCUAAAUGAGAGAGUGAAGUAUGUGAGCAAGGCCAUCAUCAAAGAAGGCUCCAUCCAGUACAUUAAAAGUGGAAGUACCAUCAACUUGACCUGUAUUGUCCUUGAGAACCCUGUCCCCCCAGAUUACGUUUUCUGGUACCAUAAUGGCCACGUGAUCAAUUAUGACACUCGAGAAGGUAUUGAAGUUAAAACGGAGAAAUCUCCACGGACUACAAGCACACUGAGGAUAGGAAAAGCCAGGCCAGAGGAUUCAGGAAAUUAUUCCUGCGUUCCAUCAAAUGCGGAUCCAGCAGAAAUAGGAGUACACGUUUUGAAUGGAGAAAAUCCGGCAGCAAUGCAACAUGGGAAACACACAUCAUCAGGAACCAGGUUUUCGACGUCAACCACUUUAGUUACUGGAGUCUUAUGUAGUGUAUUUCUCCUAGUGAAUCGGUGACAGUCAGUGAUUUGGUGAUUUUUUUUUUAAAGACGCAAUGGCGUGUAGUACUUCUAUGGUGAGGAACAAACAUGGUGGUUUUUUAGAGAGAGAAAUAGGAUAACUACGUUUCACGUCGAAGAUAAAACAGUCCCUCUGUCUCUAAACAAGAUGCACGUGCUACUCAAGAACGAUGAGAAAUGAAAAAAGAAAAAAAACGGAAUUUCAUAACACUGCUGUCGUUUUAGGAUAUACUUAUAGUGGAAAAUACCCUAAUCCUGACCUUUUUAUCAGGGAUUCGCUUAAUAAAGAAUAUAGGUUAAUCACUGGUCAUUAUUUUAAGUCGACCAAUGAGAGCGAACUGAAAGUUUAGAGAAUUAUUUCACAAGAUCCCGACUAAUUUUAGCACCUAAUAAUAAUAAUAAAGUGAUGCCGAAAAAUGGAAGAAAAAAAAAAGAUCAAACAUGUUAUAUAAGACAAUUCUCAAUUUUUAUUAUCCUUUUAUCAUUGAUGUAGAAACUAGAAUUUCCCCAAGAGCAUAUGGUAAACUUUCGAAAUGUUAUUCUUUAAUUAAUUCUACCUGUGUACUGGAUAACGUUGUUUAGCUAGAAAAAAUUUAACUUGAAAAAUAUACAUUCCGUGAUUUUUUCUGUAUAAAAAUAUGUCAUUUCCAGCAAGUUCGAUAUAAACACAAACUUCCUUCCAAUGUAAGUUACUGGAAAACUAUUGUUUGUUGCAUAAGGAUACAAUACAACUCCCCACCCCACCACAACUGAGUAAAAGUGUGGACUUUACAAUUCACUUUAUUCAUUAGUUGUCAUUUAGAGAUUCAUGCUUAUUUUGUAACUGUUAUUUUACUUUGAUUUACUUUAGAAUUAUCACAAAAUGAAGUAUUUCGAACUUCGUGUAUUUUGCAAAUUCGUAAAAUGUUUGUUUCAUAUUAGAUACUAUUUGUGUUUAUAUAUAUAUAUUGAUGCAACAAUUUAUACUGAAUAAAAUUAUACUAGGUUAAAUAUUUUGGGUAAUCAAAACACAACAGUCGGUCUAGAAUACAUCUUUUAAUAAAGUAUUACUGCUUUUAUUAUUAUAUCCAUUAUUAGAUGAACUUGUGAUUGUGAUUACAAAGAUUUCUUCUGAAAAAAAAACAGCAUCAGUUCAAAAAAAUGCUUUAUUUGAUUUAGUUGCUUUGGCUUUGAAGAUACUUUUCUUUGAGAGAUCUCGGUAACUCCAGUAAAAAAAAAAAUGAUGUUGUUUUCUGUUUACGUAUAUAAUGACUCGGCAGUUUCUUUUAUCAGCUCAAUUCUAACUUACAUAUUGACAAGUCUUUAUACAAGUAAACAAACGAUUCUUCGGGAUAAUUUGACAUUUUGUAGAUUGUAAAUGUUAUGUUGAUUAUAAAACGUAGUUGUAGCUGUCA